GAACACCUAACAGACAGACGAUGGGUGCAUGCGAAGUCAUAUGUGAAAUUUGUUGCUUCAUCAUUUUCCCGUCAUUCAUUCUGCAGUCAGUUGGAUUGUUCUCUCCAGAAUGGGUAUCUACUUCAGCAUGUGAUUCUGUCGGGUUGAUAUAUAGCUGUUGCACGGGGACAAACAACAACUCCUGUAGUAAUACCAAUGGGGGAGAUGAACUUGACGUUCGGGUUCUUGGUCUCGAGGCCACAUCCUUUGCUAUGAUGUUUCUAGCAGUGUUAGGAAUAAGCUGUGGGACCUGUUGCAACAGUGACGAUGACAAGACAGGAUGGUGUGGAACUUUGGGAGGCUGCUGUUUUAUCCUAUUACCUGUUGCGGGUCUUUUCAGUUUCAUUGGUUGUAUGAUCAUAGCGGCCAAUUAUUCAACGUCUCAGCUCGGAUGGUCGUUCUACCUCUGCCUGACUUCUGGGUGCUUCAUUAUACUUUUGACCAUAAUCAUGUGCUGUUGCCUGCGUAAACUCAUGAAGGAUGAUGACGAUAUACCUUCGAGGCAUCAGCCAUCUUCAAGUAGAGUUAUGCCAUACGAAGGUGGUGGUGCAGCAGCGCCGUACGGAGGAGCGCGUGUUGCCGUGGCUCAAGUCGAACAGCAAGCAGUAAUUCAUGAUUAAGACAGUGGGAGUUUGUUUGU